AUGGACGGCGACCCAUCCAGACGGUCUCCUCCGCCGCGAGACAGGCUGCCACCAUCACCACCACCACCACCACCACCUCAUUCUUAUGAUCCCUCCUACAGAGCAAGCGGAACUAGUCGUGAUGAUAACAUCAGGAAGCGCCCGCAACUAGACCCGGCACAUCGCUUCUCUCGCCCGAACCUGGAUCCGCCCCCACAUUCUGGACGAAUGCAUAUGAAUCGGACAGAUGAUGAGCCUCCGUCGGCUCAGUUUGGUGUUCGCGAUGGACAACUCUCUCGUGACAACUAUUCGUAUCCACGUCCCGUAGAAUCGGGCUCCGCUCGAUCAGGGCCCUAUCCUCCAUCAGAACCGCCUCGACCCUCACGACCAACGCGGCCUGACGACUACUUUGCCGACCGUCCACCAAGCAUGUCUUCAGUACAAGACGGCGCCAUCAUGGGCUCGCGGCUACCACCUCAACGUCUCGCACGAUUCGAGGAAGCCUCUCCUUCCAUGAACAGCCGUUCCUCGAACAUGGCGGGGACGCGCGAUCCGUAUCGACCUCCUCCGCAAAGGCAGCUCUCGGGAGACCUCAAGACACGAGCAGAUGGAUACGCUGAAUCCGCAUACUACACAAACAGGUACUCCAUCAAUCGCGGACCCGAUCCGAGACCGGAACACCCGAUACCACGUACGCGUUCGCCCGGCCCUAUACAGACAGCCUAUCCGAGUGCAAUUCCACCUCAACGCAUCAGCAACCCAUCUCCUUCAUCUCACCCAAAUGAUAUCGCCGAUACGUCCUCUCUGCAUCGAGACAAGAGGGCACGCCUCGACCUCUACUCGGAAAGACCGCAACCUGCUGUAGAGGCUAUCCUUCGUCCGCCGCCACUUCGUACUUCCUCCCCACAUCGUUCCAUCGCUUCUACCGCCAAUGACUGGACUGAGCACGCAGAUCUCAAGGACCGACGUCCUCGUGGAGAGCUCGGCGAAGCCUCUUACUAUGGUGAUGGGCCCGGCAGGAGUGGGAGGAAUGUCGAUUGGGUCGAAUCCGAAAGGUACCAAUUGAGUCGACAGACCUCGGCUGUUUCUCAUCACACGCUCGAAUCGGGCCCAGGCCCCAGCGACGCUUCGUCGAGCAAGGUCAAACGCCGCAAGAGAGCUGUGCUCAGUUGUACCGAGUGCAAGCAGCGCAAGAUCAAGUGCGAUCGCAACGUUCCCAACUGCGGAAGCUGUGUGCGGCGAGGCGUAGCCCACCUCUGUCGAUGGGGUGAUGAGCGCGACUUCUUACCCGCAGCACCGGCAAGCAACAUUACGCCUUCCAAUGCAGCGCUCAUGGCCAGAAUUGCACAGUUGGAGUCGCAAAUCCGCAUUCUGCAAUCGACCUCUUCUUCGUCUUCGGCCGUGCUCGACGCUGCCACGACAGAGCGUAGCUCGGCUCAGCGUGCUGCUUCUGGCAAGUACGGCGCCUCGGAUUCUUCCAGUGGUCAGUCUUCCCCUUUCAGCGGUCGGUCCAGCAUUCAGAACCCACCCAGCUUCACUAGUCGCGAGCAAAACAUCGUUGACGGCAAGCUCAAACGCGAUCCUGCGAUCAGGUACGACACGCAUGCUGAAGAGGAGGAAGACAGCGAGCAUAGCGACGAGAGCACCGAGUCAGUCGCAAGGAAUGCUGGCGAUUUGCUUAGCGCGCUCGCUCGCGGCACGUCGCUUAAGGACAACCCCAGAGCACAACCAACACAUCGCCAACAGGCAUCAGCAUCAAGCAGGCAUCAAGCAGGCGCACCUCGAGACAAUCGCACAGGAGGUGCCAGUCAGAGUGACUCCACGCGUGGCGCAACACGUGAUGAUGGCUCUAGCUGGGCAGAUCUCAGAAGAACCUCGCUGCCGUUGGAUGAGGAUUUGGCCUCGACAACCAUGUUCAACAUCUUCGCUGGAGCCCGGAGGGCCGGCAUCAGUACGGACGCGCUCAAAGAUGGUCUGCUCGAAGCGUUGGAUCUGCUUCCUUCGCGUAAUAAGAUCGAAGCGCUCAUCGACCACUAUCUUCGCGAAGCUGAGCCUAUCGUACAAUCCAUCCACAUGCCUUCCUUCUUGCGACAGCUUGGCCAGUUCUGGUCAGUGCUCGACAGCAUCCAGGACGCUUCCAAAGCAUCCUCAUCUGCACCCUUGCCCGAUCUGCAGUUUACCGCGUUGAUUCUAGCCAUGUGCGAAGGCGCCUGCGAGUACAUGACGCCGGCAGAAGUCCUCGACAGCGAGAUCAGCGAGUCACGCACCUCGAUCAACGACAAGCUGUGCAUGCUCGCACGCUCUUGUCUGGCUCUCCUUGGUCUCGGCCAGUUUGUGCGCCGUCCCAACAUAUGGGGAAUGCAGGCUGUGAUCGCUCUGCGUCACUAUUGCUACAACCGCGACCAUCGAGAGGAAUACCUCGUCCUCGCCAGCAUGGCUCUCAAGGCUGCCGAAUUCAUGGAACUUCACCGCCUGGGGUCAGCCUUGAAAGAUGAGGAGCGCUGGCAAGAGGAGAAGCGUGCACGUAUGCAGGCUGCUAACGACGGCAAGGACCCUGCUUCAUCAUCAACGCACCGUUGGAAGAUGCUCACGUCGACGCAGGUCCACGACGGCUUUGAAACCGAGUCGGACGGAGAAGACCUGGAUCCAGAUCGUCGCGAGAGGAAGGAUAUGAAUGUGAUGUGGUUGCCCCGUGGUGUCAUGCGCAGGAACUGGGGGAUUACCGCUACGAAGCGCUACAAAGAAGGUAGUCGUGUCAGUCGAGAGGUUGGACGCAAAGUGUGGUUCGCAUUCGCUACUUUGGAUUGGCUUUGUGCCGCUCAUUUCGACCGAUGCUACUAUUGCAAAGAUGAGAUGUUCACGACACAGUGUCCGCAGAAUAUCGACGAUGCCGACCUGACAGACAGCGAUUCUAUCACCUUUGACACCUCAAAGGACAGCGACCGCUUUCAUCGAGCCAAGAACCCUUUCCUCGACAAGAUUCGCACUGCAAGCGUACCGACUACCAACAGCUUCAUCUCCAUCCACAUUGAGAUCUGCCACACCGUUCGAAGUAUCGCAGACGCGCUCAACCACGGCGAUAAAUCGUUCGAGACGGUGCUUGCGAUCGAAGCACGCUUCCGUGAAAUUCUUAGAUCUUUGCCUCGCUUCUUCAAGCUCGACGGCGAGAGCGAGUACGACCCAGAGAUCCACCGUUUCCACCGUGAGAGGCCGUACCUCUCUUUCCAAAGAGCGGUAAUUCACGAAUACGUCCACCAUCGAUUGCUCAAGCUUCACCGCCUGUAUAUGAGCCGGGGCUACUGGAACGCCAAGUACAUUCAUUCGACCAGGACUUGCAUCGAGAGCGCACGCGUCGUCAUCGGCAUCCUUCGUGCGUUAGACAAUGUGGGCUGCCGUGGACAGCGCUAUUGGAUCUUCAAGUUCCACAUUUUCCAUGCGGUUCUGACUCUACAGGCGGAUCUGCUGUACCUCGCAAGGCAGCCCGCCAAUCGUGAGAUCUUGGACAAGCGUGCAGAUGUAGUUGCUGGCCUCAAGAUGCUGCAUGCUCGGACCGAUGUCGAGGGCCGUAACCCGUUGCUCGCUUCAUCGCUCAAGGUGAUCAAGGUGCUUCGGGGGGAGGAGCAAGCGCGUCGAUCUAAGCAACAAGAAGGUUCGGAAGUUUCUGUCAACUCAGAUCUUCCAGGUCUGAGCUCAGCAUCAGAGAGUGUAAGCUCGCACAAGAAGUUCAAGACGCGCGAAUGGACCGGCGCAUCCGAAUCAACAGGCGACCUAGCCGAGCACCUCGAAUGUCGGAUUGGAGAGACAUGGUACACAGUCGAUGAGGACAAGCUCCGUACCCAAGCGGAAGCUGUUCGCAACAUGGCUGAGGAUUCACGUUCACCAGUCGUCCAUAGUCCUCCGAGGCUCUCCCUCACCUCUAGGACACCAUCGGCCGAAGAUGACGUCUCCCUUCGGACCGCAGCGGAUGCCGAGCCCCGAGUGCGUGUGCUUGGCAAACACCCUGCAUUGGACAGUGACCUUCCAGAUCUCUCACAGAAACAAGCCUUGUCAGACACCGAGGGUCGCGACACUGAAUUGGAUGAUUACCUGAAGCUGUUGUCAUCCUAUCAGAACCCUGACGAAGCUCCGGACGGAGCACAUUUGUUCGAUGUUCUUGAUGACCUUGUCUUCGAGAACGACUCGACAAACAAGCUGACUUUCGGCAAAGCUGUGUCCUUGCCAUUAACGAGCGAACUUUCGCCUCACCUACCUUUACUCCGCGGCGCCAACGAUCCUGCUGCUGCUGGUGCAGGGUUCGAUGCCUUUGCUUCGUAA